GCAAUUUGGAUUCCAAGCGCGACUGGGGACAUGCCAAGGACUACGUGCGAAUGAUGUGGAUGAUGUUGCAAUGUGAGAAGCCGGAUGACUUCGUGGUGGCUACCAACAAGCAAUACAGUGUCAGGGAUCUGGUAACCCUGUGCUUCGAGAUGGUUGGAAGGCCUGUCGUAUGGAGAGGUGAGGGAUUGCAAAAGGAGGGUGUGGAUGAGAAGACAGGUGAUGUGCUGGUGCAGGUGAGUGAGAAGUAUUUCCGCCCAACCGAGGUGGAGACCCUGCUGGGAAAUCCCGCCAAAGCCGCGGCCAAGUUGGGCUGGAAGCCCGAAAUUUCCUUCAAGGAGCUGAUCUAUGAAAUGCUGGAGUGCGAUAUGAAGCAGGUUGGCCUCAGCCUUCCUGCAGGAGCCAAGGACAUCUUGAAGCGCCAGGACCAGUAUUGCUAGGUUCUCUGAAAGUCUUGCUGGAUGUGUGCUACCAGGAUGGCCAGCUGGUGCAAACACCGGAGAAUCCAUGCUGAGGGUCAGUCCAAAAAUGGAUGAAAUAACCAAGCUCCUGAAGUAGACAGUGGCUCUGCAAGGAUAUGUUUGGGGUCCAAGAUUGUUUGGAG